GUGAUCAAAGAAAAUAUGUAUUUACAUGUUUCGUGGACUUCGAAGAGGCAUUCGAUAAAGUUCAGCAUGUAAAAUUAAUGCAAAAAAUGAAAAAUAUCGGAAUAUAUAUAUAAAAUAUGGAAUAAAAAUGAACGGGGAACUACUUAAUGUGAUAGAAAUAAAACAUAGAAUAGCAAUGACUAAAACUACUUUUAUGAAAGUGAAGUCAUUUCUUUGCAAUAACCAUCUCAGUUUAGAACUAACGCAAAGAAUGGUUAAGUGCUAUGUUUGUUCCGUACUUUUGUACAGUGCAGAAGUGUGGACGCUAAAAGUAUCGAUCAUGAACAAAAUUGAAGCAUUGGAAAUGUGGGUUCAUAGACGAAUGCUGAAGGUACCUUGGACAGCAAGAAAAACUAAUAAAGAAGUACUAAGGAGCGUCAAAAAAGACAGAGAACUGCUAAAGACUGUUAAACAUCUAAAAAUGUCUUAUCUGAGACACAUAAUAAGGGGAAGUCGAUAUAAAAUUUUACAAUUGAUCCUUAAAGGCAAAAUAGAGGGCCGUAGAGAUGUAGGAAGAAAAGAAGUUUCGUGGUUAAAAAACAUUCCUGAAUGGACUUAGAUACCAAAUGCAGCACAAUCAUUCCGUAUUGCAG